AUGACUGGGGUUCCACGCGACAUAGCGCAACAUUGCCUGAAUAUUAAACCAUCAGCGGAACCUGUUACCCAAGCGAGGCGCAGCUUUAGCGAAGAGAAAGCGAAAGCCAUGGACGAACAAGUAGUAGAGCUACUCAAUGCGGGUAUCUUGCACGAAGUAAAGUACCAUACAUGGGUUGCCAAUCCAGUAAUGGUACAGAAACAUAGUGGCGAAUGGAGAAUGUGUGUCGACUUCAAGGACCUGAAUAAAGCAUGCCCAAGAGAUUGUUACGUACUUCCGGAGAUAGACAAAAAAUUCGACUCUCUAGCAUCAUUCAGAUGGAAGUGGUUUCUCGACUGUUACAAAGGUUAUCAUCAGGUCCAGAUGAAAGAAGAAGACGAAGACAAAACUACAUUCCGCACGGAUAAAGGCAUCUUCUGCUACACUAAAAUGCCCUUUGGCCUGCGCAAUGCUGGCGCAACUUAUCAACGAUUAAUGGACACAGUUUUCAAAAAUGACAUUGGCAAGACAGUUGAAUUAUACAUGGAUGACCUCGUCAUUAUGAGCCAUGAGGAAGACUCAAUGCUCAACAACAUUCAGCGUACAUUCGACUCUCUGCGCAGCGUAAACUUAAAGCUUAACCCAACUAAAUGCUCCUUCGGCAUGGAAGAAGGGAAAUUUCUGGGCUUCAUAGUCACAAGAGAGGGCUUCAAAGUAAACCCAGAAAAAGUACAGGCUAUCCAGCAAAUGCCCUCACCCGCAAUAAUAAAAGAAAUGCAAAGACUCGCCGGACGCUUAGCAGCCUUGAACAGAUUCUUGGCUAAUCAUGCGGCUAAAUCUUAUCCAUUUAUCAGCACGCUGCGAAACUGCGGGAAGAAAACCCCCUUUCAAUGGACACCUGAAGCAGAAGCAGCAUUCAAACAAAUGAAAGAAUGUUUAAUUCAGCUACCAACACUGACUGCGCCAAAAGAAAAAGAGCCACUAAUCUUAUACCUAUCAGCCGCGGAAGUAGCGGUAGGAGCAGUAUUAAUGGUGGAACGGAAAAACGUUCAGACUCCAAUUUACUAUAUCAGCAAAAUGCUCACCGGCCCAGAAACUCGUUACUCAAUGAAAGAAAAAUUGGUUCUAGCACCGGUACACGCAUCCCGACGCUUGCGCAGGUACUUCUCGGGCCACGUCAUCUCGGUUCUCACAAAUUAUCAUUUAGGCCAAAUCUUGUCAAAACCCGAUGUGGCGGGAAGAUUGGCUAAAUGGGUCAUAGAGCUGGGAGGAUACAAUAUCUUUUACAAGCCAAGACCAGCAAUCAAAGGGCAAGUUCUAGCAGACUUCGCUACUGAAGUGCCCAUCGAUAAAGUACAAGAAUAUGAGGCAAUCCAGAACCCUACACUUGUUUUCGAUGACAGAGUCUGGACCUUGCACACAGAUGGUGCUUCCAAUGAUGACGGAGCAGGAGCAGGCCUCCGAUUAGUCAGUCCGGACAAUCACGAGCUCACAUAUGCCAUACGCUUAGACUUCCAAAGUACCAACAAUGAGGCAGAAUACGAAGCAUUUUUAGCAGGACUUCGUUUAGCGCUCAAAAUGGGGGCAAAAAACCUUGAGGCCAACGUUGAUUCAAAACUUGUAGCCGAGCAAGUUAACGGUCACUACGAUGCAAAUGGAGAAGCUAUGGCAUUAUACCUUGAACAAGCAUGGAUGUUAAUCAGCCAAUUCCAGACAUUCAAGGUUAACCAUAUCAAUAGAAGCGAAAAUAAGCAUGCAAACGCGCUUAGCAAAUUAGCCGCUACCAGCUUCAAGCACCUAGCAAAAGAAGUGCGCAUAGAGGUACUGUCUAACCCAUCAAUCCAUCUCAAGCAAGUAAACAUUAUAGAGGUCGGUAAUCCAUCAUGGAUGUCUCCGAUCAUCUUAUACUUACAACACGGGAAAUUCCCGGAAGGAAAAGCAGAAGCGCGGAAACUCCAACACAAAGCGAUAAAUUACGAAAUGGCGGAUGGCGUCCUUUACCGAAAGUCAUUCAUGGGACCAUUACUACGCUGUGUCGACAAAACAGAUGCUCAAUACCUGGUCCGAGAAAUCCAUGAAGGUUUAUGUGGAAUACACGCGGGACCGCGCAUGGUCGUAGCAAAAAUAAUGAACGCCGGAUACUACUGGCCAGGAAUGCAUAUGGACGCAAUUGAUUUAUUAAGAAGAUGCGCAGCUUGUCAGCGCCAUGCACCAAAGACACUCCGACCAAAAAAUCCGCUAGUGCCUGUCACAUCCGCCUGGCCAUUCCAACAAUGGGGCAUCGAUCUUGUUGGCCCAUUCCCUGAUGCGCCAGGCGCAGUAAAAUUCAUUAUUGUAGCGGUCGAUUACUUCACCAAAUGGGUGGAAGCUAAGGCUUUGGCUUCGACCACAGCAAUGGUAAUUCGCAAAUUUAUAUGGGAAUAUAUCAUUUGCAGGUUCGGAUUACCAUUGCGCAUUAUCUCUGACAACGGCACAAACUUCGCCUCAGAAGAUCUUCAAAAGUGGUUCAAAGAAAUGAAGAUCGAACAUCAUUUUGCCUCCGUCGCGCAUCCACAAGCGAACGGUCAAGUAGAAAGUAUAAACAAACAGAUCGUUGACGGCAUAAAAGCACGGCUACGGACAGCACGCAGAGGGUGGGUCGACGAACUCCCCAGCAUCCUCUGGGCGCAUCGAACAAUGCCAAAGACUAGCACAGGCGAAACUCCGUUCAGUCUAGUCUAUGGGUCUGAAGCCGUCAUCCCAGCUGAGAUUGGCUUACCAUCACCACGCAUGAUAGCCAUGGAAAAACAGAAUAAUGAGCAAGAACGAAGAUUGGAUCUAGACCUCCUCGAAGAACGGCGCGAGAAUGCCGCUAUCACAGAGGCCAGGUACAAAUCCAAACUCAAAAAAUACUACAAUGCGCGCGUCCGCAUAUGCACAUUCGUUCCGGGUGAUAUCGUUUUACGCGAUAAUGAAGCAUCAAAUGCUGAAAAACCGGGCAAAUUAGCGCCAAGAUGGGAAGGACCAUAUGUCAUUAACGAGGUCCUAGGCAAAGGGGCGUAUACUCUCAAAAGAAUUGACGGGACUCUAGUCCCACGCACCUGGAACGGGCAGCAGCUGCGCAGGUGUUACAUGUAG